AUGCAAGGGCGCACUCUUAGCUCAGCCCUUUCGCGGGGUUUCUCGCGUCGCGCCGUCCAGACCAUCUUCGCCUCGAAACUCUGCUUCAAUCGCUCGCAAUUGGCAACCCAUUCUUUCUACCGGUCGCUAUCAUCUCUACCGAAUCUUCCCCUCUUUCGCGCCCUCCAGAACCACGACCGAUCCAGCCUUGCCGUCGUGCACAGCGCGUCGUCGCGUUCCUUCACCUACGGGAAUUUGGUCGCCGAUGUGCUUCGUGCGCAAAAGCAGCUGCGCGAGUCCGCCGGCGGUGAUCAGCAUGCCCUGUCCGGGGAGAGAGUCGCGUUUCUUGCGGAGAAUAGCUACGACUACGUAGUGACGCUUCUCUCGAUCCUUGCGAACGAUGCCAUCGCCCUUCCCCUCUCCCCGGCCUUCCCGAUCGGUGAAUUGAAGUAUAUUAUGGAUAAUUCACAAGCUAAAGUGCUUAUUGCGACUGAGAAGUACGCGGACAAAGCGCAGAAUAUUGUGAAGGCGGGGUUGGAUCGCGAGCCUACCCUGAACGUGCGGGAGAAAAUCACGGCGGGAGCGAAGAUCUCGGAAGACGUGACAUUGGAGGAUUAUAAACAGGCACCUCAGGGCGGAAUGAUGCUGUAUACUUCCGGCACAACCAAUAGACCGAAAGGCGUGCUGAUUCCCCAAUCUGCGCUCACCGCGCAAGCUGCUUCGUUACUCGAGGCGUGGAAAUACACCCCAGAGGACCGGCUUCUCCAUCUUCUUCCCUUACAUCAUAUCCACGGAACCGUGAAUGCCAUCGUGGCGCCUGUUCUCGCCGGGUCGUCGAUUGAAUUCAUGUUUCCGUUCAAUACGGAUGCUGUGUGGAAGAGACUUGCAGCUCCAUUCUUACCGGGCAAUGAAUUGAGCAAGAUCACCUUCCUAACGGCUGUCCCGACCAUCUACAACCGCUUACUAGCUUCGUUCCCUGGCCUUUCGCCGCAGCUCCAAGAAGCCGCGAGGAAGGGAAUUUCCCCCGAAAACCUCCGCCUCAACAUCUCUGGAUCGGCGGCUCUCCCGACCCCGACGAAGCAAGCAUGGCAAGAUCUAAGCAACGGCAACGUUCUCCUAGAGCGUUAUGGCAUGACAGAAGUGGGAAUGGCGAUCAGCUGCGGUCUCGACUUCGGUGACCGUGUAGAUGGCAGCGUUGGCUGGCCGUUACCGUCUGUGGAGGCCAGGCUUGUAGACACGGACACGAAUCAGAUCAUCAAGCCUGGCGAGGAUUUGGAUGAACACGGACGCGAAAGAGAAGGCGAAAUCCAGCUGCGCGGCCCGACCAUAUUUCGCGAGUACUGGGCCAACGAGAAAGCCACGCAAGAGGCCUUCGUCGAUAGCCAGGACGGCAAAGGUCCAUGGUUCAAGACUGGGGAUGUGGCUACGCGUCGGGUUAUCGAGGAUGCCGGUAAGGGAACAAGCGGAGAGUGGGCGCGAGGCCCAAUGUACUUCAUCCAAGGCCGGCAAAGCGUGGACAUCAUCAAGGUUGGUGGUGAGAAGGUCAGCGCACUUGAGGUCGAGAGGGAGUUGCUUUCGCUCCCGCAAAUUGCCGAAGCUGCUGUUGUUGGCCUUCCGUCUGAACAAUGGGGCCAAAGAGUCGCUGCCAUCGUUGUCUUGAAGGCUGAUGGUCCCACUGGUCGCAAUGGCAAACCAUGGGGUCCGAUGGAUAUGCGCCGAGCACUGAAAGACCGACUAGCAGCUUAUAAGAUGCCACAGGAAAUGAAGAUUCUCGAUACGCCGAUCCCGAGAAAUGCUAUGGGAAAGGUAAAUAAAAAGACACUCGUGAAAGAGGUCUUUGAGAUAUAGACAACACCUUGGAACAUCUGUACUAUAAUAUUUGUAUGAAUAAAUUUUGGAAUCAUAGGCUUGGUCGAUGCUCAGGCUAAUAGCAAAACGAAUCUCCACUCAACCACAAUCUGACAGACCGCAGACUGACAGAUGAGCGUCCUUCUGAAACAUGGAACGAAUCUUUUCAAUUCCAACAUUCGAUGCAAACUGUGCUUCAGCUAAAGACUGGCCGAUCUCCGUGUUCUUCGGCCAACAGCCCAUCGGGAAAAGAUCCUCGACUACCGAAUUGGACACGGACUAGACAUCCUCUCCAAGACUUCCAAGAAAUGCGAAACAAAACCCCACAUUCAUUUUUCCGGUCUGCAGGUGUCUUCUGAUGAUGAUCCCUACACUGCCGGGCAUUUAUUCACAUUCUUCAUACUCUACCCCGGCUUUGGCCCGUGGCGAGCUUUCCCG